AUAGCAUAAGAUAGUGCAAGGAGAGACAAGGGAUGACCUCAUAGAUGUUGCUUCCUGGAAGCCUCACAUAGUUAUCCAGAUCCCUUUCGCCAUUAAAUUCAAUCUCUCUCAGUCUCAGAGGAAUAGUCAAAGAGUUUACAUGUCUUAACUUUGACCACAACUUUGUCCCUUUCUAAUUCACCAUAUAAUGCCUUAGAGUGCAGGGCUUGUUCUUUCUUAAUUAAUCCCUUUCUACACAAGUGCAUGAGACGUUGAAUAAAGAAGAGAUCCUCAAGAUCAUCGAGUCAUGACCAAUAAUACUAGUGGUGAGUGGGUUCAGUAUUACCAGCAGAGCGUUGAUCCAGAGGCUGAAUUUGUUGACUCCACCAUUGUCACUUCCAUGAGCUCUGGCGACAACGUCGAUCAAAAUCCCACCAAUGGCACCAGUAAUAACAACAGCAGCAGCAGCAAGAGUCGACCAAAGCCAAUCAGAAGAAGAUCAAGAGCAUCAAAGAAGAAUCCCACAACCGUACUCAAUGCCAACACCACCAACUUCAGAGCCCUGGUCCAGCAAUUCACUGGCUGCCCUAGCACCUCCAUCUCUUUUGGGUCGACCAACCACAGCGGCCCGCUCAACUUGAGUUUCGUUGGUUCUGGGCACGAGCAUCACAAAGUCUCUUCUGCAGGUGUAUCUCUUUGGAACAAUGAUUCCUAUAGUGUCCAAGUCCAACAACAGGCUAAGCCACCACAGCAAUUGCACCAGUAUCAAUCAGAGUAUGCAAGGAUGACUCAUUCCUCAUUCAAUGAGGUAACCAACACUAAUGAUGCUUUUGUUUCGACCAUGCCGCUGUCUAGUAACUUCGUGUAUGCGACAGAGGAUAUCCUCAGUGGGUAUCCCAUGGACGAUCUCCCUUUCCAAGCUUAGCUAGCUAGCUAGCUUCAUUCUUGACCCAAAAUGAUGUCGACCAACUAAAACAUACUUAGUUAGCGUGUAUUAGACCUACAUCGGUUCUUCUGAAUCUUAAGUCUUUGCACAGUCUUUCUUUACAGCACUUAAGAUGUAAUUUAUUUAUAUGCCUCUUCCGGCUUCCGUAGGAUUUGCAUAUGGUAUGAAUCCUUUGUCUUUUGGUCUUUUUCUUUGAUAAGUGUGAUGGCAAAAUUAUUAUCUCACGAGAGAGUGGUUUGAGAUUCUUGCUGCUCCCACAUCAGUAAACAUAAACACCAGCGUGUCUCCCUUUGAGAGGAUUAGUCAUUGUUCAGAACAUAUCUCAACUUUGAGCGCAUAAAAAAAUUCAAUUUGAGCAGGUUCCUUA